AUAACAAAUUGGUCAAAAGGACACGCUUUCGAAGGUGCUCUUCGUAAAUUAUUUAAUGAUAAUGGAAUAAUUGCGUACAUAAUUCAAGUAUCUGAAGGAGAUAGAGGAUUAGAUUUAUUACUUUCGAACCAAGGUAAUCAAAUCUGUGUACAGUCUAAAGAUAGAGAAAACGCUCUUACAUUAUCCAUGGUCGAAAACUUUGAAGCUACGAUGAUUCAUUUUAAAAGUUCAUUAGGAAUUUUGAUUUAUAAUAGUGAGACGAUGAAAACAGAAAAAUAUUUGACUAAACAAGCUAAACUUUGGUUAGACAAUUCGACUCAAGAAUUAAUUGUUUGUAACAAAAAACAAGUUGUUGAGGAAAUUAAGAAUUUUUUCAAAAAUGAAAAAGAUUCGAUAGAAGAAUUGAUUUUAACUGAUUUUAAAGCAGAUAAAUUUUCUUUAAUGGGAAUUAUUUCUGAAAAUAUGCAUAUUAGAAAGAUGAUAUUCCUAUGGAAGGUCGAUUAUAUUAUUCUCGAUCGUACUCAGAAGGAUAUGAAGAUGUUCAAUAAAUUUUUCCAAGAUCCGAGCGAGAAAGAAUAUAUCGACAGAAAAGUUGAUGAGAUUGAACCACUUGACUUCUAUAAGGUUGUUUUUGUGACUGCUCCGAUCAAAAUGUCUAUUGAACGACAGCAAAAGAGAGCUCGUUUAGGUGAAUUGGUCGAAAGGGAGUAUUUGGAAACGCUUAAUACGUAUUAUCUUGAAGAUAUUGAUUUGGUUUAUCCUGAGAAUUUAAAAUUUGAAAAUAUUGUUAAUCUUUGUAGUAGUGAUGAUUGCGCACAAUGUCUCGGUAUUAAGAUCUACGAGAGUUUCUUUGAUACUCUUUUAUAG